AUGAAGGAUUCAAAUGUACUUGAAAUCCCUUUGGACCAAAGGGUUGGCUUAAAAGUGCGCAAUUUGAGUGUUGCCGUAAAGUCAGAAGUUAAAAAGAAGGAGCCUUAUCAUGUGGAUGAAAAGGAUAAUUUCAACGGAAAAUCAUCGAGAAUACUUAAUGACAUAUCAUUCGAUGUCAAUAGUGGAGAGUUGAUUGCCUUGAUGGGAGGCUCGGGAGCAGGUAAAACCACUUUAUUGCAUACACUAUCGCAGAGGACAAAUGUGAAAAACAAGAAAUUGGAGUAUUCGGGAAGUAUUCAAUACACAAGAACCAAUGACAGCAUCCAGUAUAUUAAGCACGCUUAUCUACUACAGACCGAUUUCUUCCUUCCUGGUUUAACUGUCUUGGAAACUUUCCAAACACAAGCAGAUUUAAGGUUACCACCAAAUGUGAGCCAAGAGGAGAAACAAGAGUUGAUAGAUUACAUUAUUGAUGUGUUGGAGUUGGGGCAUUUGAAAAACACCAGGAUUUGCGAAUUUUCACUGCAUGCAACAACAUUAUCUGGUGGUGAACAAAGAAGAGUGAGCUUGGCAAUUCAGUUGUUGUCCCGUCCUUCACUAUUGUUUCUUGAUGAGCCAACCACAGGGUUAGACACCUCAUCCUCAUUAAAGUUGGUGAAAUUGCUACAUAAGCUUGCUUCCAAUACAUACGGCAUAACUGUUAUCUUAUCGAUCCACCAGCCUCGGCCAGAGAUUUGUGACUUAUUUGACAAGGUAUGCUUAUUGACAAAAGGUGGCCGAUUGGUUUACUUUGGAAACCUAAAGGAUGAAGCCAUGAGCUAUUUUUCGAAAUUGGGUUAUCCACCGGAGAUGAACCAGCACAUCAGUGACCAUGUAAUGAGCUUGUCUGUGAAAGAUUCAAGUACUAUCGACAACGAGCUGAGGUCAGCCGCAAGAAUCAAUCACUUAGUGGAAACUUGGAAGAAUGAUCACUAUUACGAAUACAACAGUACACCAAAAAAGGAUCAAGCUCUGUUUUUGGCAAAUUUGAAAUUGUUUGCGACCCCCAAGCAGGACCAGAUUUCCUUUAUGCAAGAGCUUAUAGUUCUGACAAAGCGGACAUUCAAACUUACUUAUCGUGAUAUCCAAACCCUCUUGGUGUUAAACCUUGGCUUUGUAUUUCUAGCUGUAACGCUCGGAUGGAUGUUUUAUCGUCCUAAGCAUGAUCUUGCUGGUAUUAGGUCCUUAGUUUCUGUGCAAUAUGUUGUUUUGGAAGUGGUGGGAUUCUGUGCCAUGUUUAUCGAAGUUGAAAGACUCUGGAAUACGGAUGGUGCUUACUUUUUCCGUGAGUACCAGGAACACGUUUUGAGUAUUCCAGUUUUUAUAAUAUCAAGAAGAUUAGCCAAAUUUUUGUUGGAAGACUUGCCCAUGACGAUCAUUUUUUCAGUCAUUACAUUCUUUAUGUGGGGACUCCGGGUAGGAGGUGGGUCACACUUUGGAAUUUACUUUACUGUGACAUUACUUGUGCAAUUGGCAUGUAUGAGCAGUACUUUGUUGAUAUACGCCAUAUCUUCAAGCAUGCCCAUGUCGACCUUGUAUAUUAACUUGCUUUAUCAAGUUCAGAAUUCUGCUUCGGGUUAUUUUGUCAAUGCUAAAACCAUGCCGGUUUAUGUGCGGUGGGUGAAAUACUUGGCAUACUUUUGGUACGGUUUUGGUGCAUUAACUGCAAAUCAGUUUACAGAUUGGGUUGGAGAUUGUCCUUAUGAUGAUGCGGAUAGUUGUGCCGAGUAUCAUGGUAAUGUCCAGUUACAAAUUUGGGGAUAUCCUCAAAACUGGAUUGCUGAACCAAUUGGUAUAUUGAUUGUAUGGGUCACUGGAUUUAUAGUUCUUUCAGGUGUUGCUUUGAAGGUAAAGAAUCUUGAUGUGGGUAUGGCCAAGACUAAAGCGAAUAAACUUGGAGAUGAAGACGAAACAAAUGAUGAUGACAAGGAAAAGAAAGAAGAGGUAACUGAUGAUAUUGUACAAGAUGAACCAGCAUUCAACUCGAAUCCAACAAGCGCAACAUGUAUCGCUGCUAAUGACAACUACCCCAUUGAUCUCGAGCUACACAAUAUACAUUUGUCAAUUAAGAAAAAGAAAUUCUGGGGCAAACAGGUGGGUACCAAAACAUUAUUAAACAAUGUUAAUGCUGUUUUCAAGGCAAAUUCGGUAAACUGUAUCAUGGGUCCAUCUGGUAGUGGAAAGAGUACUUGUCUCAACUACUUGUCCAACCGGUUGGACAGGUCGGCGUCGUUUAUACCAUCAGGAGAUAUUAAAGUCAAUGGUGUGCAAGAUAUUUCGCGCAGUGAGUUGAGUUGUAUUUCAGCAUACGUUACUCAACAUGAUAGCUCCUUGAUUUCCAAUUUGACUGUACGUGAAACAUUAUACUACCAAGCCAAGUUACGUUUACCUUUGGACCAACAUUCAUCUAUUCCAAGGAUUGUCAACAAAUUGAUUAGACAAACGGGAUUGGUUGACUGCGCUGAUACAUUAGUUGGCGAUGAUUAUGCCAAAGGUUUAUCAGGUGGAGAAAAGCGGAGAUUAAGUAUUUCAAUUCAGUUACUAUCGAAACCUAAAGUAUUGUUUUUAGAUGAACCGACAUCGGGGUUAGACUCGUCUACAGCAAAGGCCAUUUUUAACUUGUUAUCAGAAUUGGCGAUAGAAAAUGGGACAACUGUGAUUUUGACCAUUCAUCAACCAAGUGAAGAAAUAUUUUUAAGUUUUGGCAGUUUGUUGUUUUUGGGUAAAGGUGGCAAUGUCAUUUAUAAUGGAAGUGCUCAUGGAAUUGUUGAGUAUUUGGCAAACCUUGGGUUUGCUAAUCAUAGUCAAUUGAAUAUUGCUGAUUACAUCUUGGAUUUAAUUAGUCAUAAUUCUGAGGAUGACGACCCACAAGCGGUUGAUAAUAGAACUGAAAUGUUGAUUAACAAUUGGGCUUGCAAUCGGGUGCAUCAAAAUGAUAAUGAGAAAGUUGUAGCCAGUGACCAACGUCAAGUAAUUGAUUUGUCCCAAUUCUAUUUCCAAAGACUACCAUUCAUUCAUACAUUUGCUACAGUAACCAACAGACAAUUUUUGACAUCAUUUCGAUCAAAGGAUAGUAUCAUUAGUAGAAUUGGGCAGACAAUAUUUCUUGCAAUUGUCCACACAUUGUUUUUUGCACCAUUGAAAAACACGCAAGAUGGUAUUAACAACAGAUUAGGUUUGAUUCAAGAAGUGUUGAAUCUAUAUUUUGUUGGGUUCGUCAACAAUAUCAGUUUAUACCCAUUUGAAAGAGACUUGUUUUACCAGGAGUAUAAGGAUGGCAUUUAUGGAGUAUCAGAAUUUGGAAUAUCCUAUUUACUCAAUGAAUUUCCAACCGAAAUCAUACCAAGCUUCUUUUUCGCGGCAUUGAUUGUGUUUGUUUGUGGGUUACCUCGAAAUGCCGCCAUGUAUUUUGCCAUGUUUGCCACUGGCUUUGUAUCGAUAAAUUGUGGUGAAUCGAUUGGUAUUUUCUUCAACAGUAUCUUCAAACACAUGGAAGUUGCUACCAACGUAUUGUCGAAUCUUAUCAUUAUUGCUGUUUUCAUGGGUGGUACAAUGUCGUUGCAUAUGCCCAAUUUUUUCAAAGCCAUGAAUUAUUUGAGUCCCAUGAAAUACGCGGUGUCGAUAUGUGCUAAUUUGGGAUUCAAGAGCCAAAUGUUUUCAUGUGGUUCUACUGGUGAAUGUAGCUUACAAACAGGACACGAUGUAUUGCUGUACUACAAUUUGGAAGCAAACAUUGGUGCUAUGUUUGGUGGCUUAUUUGCCUGUCUUGUGGUGUAUAGAUUGCUUGCCAUUGGUUCAAUUUAUGUCAGGGUCAAAUGGUUUUAA